UCCUAGUAGUACUUCAUCUAUCGACACAUUUACAUUUAUAAACACCUUGUUUGCAACUAUACCUUUUCUCUUCCUACAGGUACCUCCUUGUUUAAAGUCGACUCUAUUUCCCAACCCGCUAUAUAUUAACCCUGGUGACGUCAUAAAUUUCUUCGAAUGCAGAAUGCAACGUCAAAAUAAGUAAAAAAUGUAGGUUAGUUAGGUUAGGAGAGAGUUUUUAAAAGUAUUUGGUGCUAAUUUAUGACAAAAUAAAGUAUAAGAAAAAAUGACGAUUUUGAGGAACAGAAAACAACAAAAUGAUAAAAACCCUACCACUAAAUUCGAAGAACUGAAAGCAGAUAGUGAAGAUGGGAUAAAAUCAUCUCAAGAAGCGCCAGUGAGCAAUAAAUCAGACAUGUUGCCCCUUAGUGACAACAUACAUAACGAUUCUCCCCAACUGAAAAAUGAAGUAGAAAUAAAGAGGACAGUUGAACACAAUUUAUUCAGAGUGAACUGUGAGAUAGACAUUCUCUCUAUAAUUUUAUUCUUAUGCGGACUCGUAACAAGAAUGUACAAACUUGAGGAGCCUAAAAACAUAGUGUUUGACGAAUUGCAUUAUGGAAAGUAUGUUUCUUUAUACAUGAAGAAUACUUUCUUUUUCGACUCUCACCCACCUCUUGGCAAACAGCUGAUUGCUGCUGUAGCUCACAUAGCAGGCUACGAUGGAAAGUUCAGAUUCGACAAAAUAGGCAGUCCAUAUCCUUCCUCCUUGCCCUUAUUUGCUUUGAGGUUUGUUCCAGCGUUUUUCGGUAGCCUCAUAAUUCCCACUGUAUAUCACUUGAUGCUAGAGGUAGGUCUCUCGCAAUGGACUUCAUUGCUGGCUGCUUUACUUUUUUUGUUUGACAAUGCGUUCCUAACUCAGAGCAGGUUCAUUUUGAUGGAAUCAGUUCUAAUAUUCUUUUCCCUGUUUGGAAUCCUCUGCAUCGUAAAGUUCAAGAAAUACUCUGAUAGGCCUUUUUGCUUGUUUUGGUUUCUAUGGAUUGUUCUUGCUUCUGUCUCCCUAACGUGUGCUUUGAGUGUCAAGUAUAUUGGGUUUUAUACAUGUUUUCUGGGAGCUGCUAUUCUGCUGAGAGAUUUCUGGAGACUGUUGGCUUCGCCGAAAAUAUCAGAUGUGGCUUUGUUCAUUAGGUUUUGUAUUCAAUCAGCAGUUGCAUUGACAGUUGCUCUUUUAGUAUAUUUAGGUGUGUUUUACGUUCAUCUGAGCAUCCUAAAUAAGGCGGGGCCGCACGAUAGCAUCAUGACGAGUGCAUUUCAGGCGUCUUUGGAGGGAGGAUUGGCGAGUAUUACUAAAGGACAGCCCCUCCAGGUGGCUCAUGGUUCACAAAUAACUUUACGUCAUACACAUGGAAGAACCUGUUGGCUUCAUUCCCACAAUGCCCUCUACCCGAUCCGAUACCCUGACAAAAGAGGAUCUAGUCAUCAACAACAGGUCACAUGCUACUCUUUUAAAGACGUCAACAAUUGGUGGAUUGUUAAAAGGCCUGACAAAGAUGAUCUGAUUGUGGAACAACCUGUAGACGCUAUUAAGCAUGGAGAUGUCAUUCAGCUUGUACAUGGUACGUAGGGUUAGUGAACCGUU